CACCAAUUCUACUUCUUUCUCACCACUAUGCGCCCCGCACCAUUGCGGCGACGUUUCGAUCAUGGUCAGGUACCCCUUUUGGCUGCACGGUGAUAACGCCACCUCCGAUGAAUCAUAUUGUGGCUACAAGGGCUUCGGUCUCACGUGCUCAUCGGCCGGCGAUAAACUUAUACUUGCUUCGCCCGACCAUACAUUCUACGUAAAGGAAAUAGAUUAUACUCAAUACACCCUCACGCUCGUCGACAUUGACGUUGCGAACCAAUCGUGUCCGAGGGUGCGUCACAACGUUACCCUCGACAAGCUGCCAUUGAACUUUAAAUUUUCCGGUGGGGAUCUGAACCUUAGUUUUUACUUUAACUGCAGUUCCUCCAACACAACAUUCAUGCCUUACAUAGCGUGCUUGGGGGGAUCAUAUAAUAGGCAUUACCGGUCUUUUGUUUUUGUGGAGGGGGAAGAGACGGCGGAAGGGUUUGAAUGGGCAAGUACUUGCAAGGAGAAAGUGGUGUCGACUGUGAUGAGGACGGAGAUCGAUCCUCAUAACGAUAUGACUAAUCUGAGUAGUGGGUUUAUUGGGGCCAUAAAAAAUGGGUUUGUGCUUAAUUGGAAGCCGCUUCAGGAUUGCCUUACCUGUGAGAGCUCCGGUGGGUAUUGUGGGUACAACAGUACAGGGGAGGACAACAAGUUCUUGUGCUUUUGCGAGGAUGGCAGCAUCAGUGGUGAACGCUGCAAAGAUGCAGGGAAUCGCAGCAUCAAAGUGAUACCAGUAUCGGAUGCAUUGAGUCGCAGAAUGAAAGUAAUAAUAGUAUCAGUUACUUUAUCUGCUGGAAUUGGAAUUGGAAUCCUGAUGUUUACAAUAUUAUGCUGCUUCAAGAGAAAGCUCUUAUCUAGUAGAAUUAUUUGGAAAAAGGAAAGUCAAACCCAUAAGAAUGUCGAGGCCUUUCUAAGGAACAAUGAACCUCUUGCCAUUAGAAGAUACAGUCACUCAGAUAUCAAGAAAAUGACCAACUUAUUCAGAAAUAAAUUAGGCGAAGGGGGCUUUGGUGGUGUCUACAAGGGGAAGUUACAAGAUGGUUGUCUUGUGGCAGUGAAGGUUCUAAAAGAAUCAAGAGGUAAUGGAGAGGAAUUCAUCAACGAAGUUGCAAGCAUUAGUAGGACCUCCCAUGUCAACAUUGUCACUCUUAUGGGCUUUUGCUUUGAGGGUUCUGAAAGAGCUCUCAUCUAUGAGUUUAUGCCUAAUGGAUCUCUCGAGAAGUUCAUAUACAAAGAAAAUCCCUCCAAGGCUGAUUGUCGAUUGGAAUGGGAGACUAUACACAAGAUUGCACUUGGCAUUGCUCGUGGACUAGAGUACUUACAUAGAGGCUGCAACACACGAAUCUUGCAUUUUGAUAUCAAACCUCACAACAUUCUUCUGGAUGAGAACUUCUGCCCAAAAAUUUCUGAUUUUGGCCUCGCAAAAAUAUGCGCUAAAGAAGAGAGUAUCAUAUCCAUGUUGGGUGUAAGAGGAACUGCAGGAUAUGUAGCUCCAGAACUAUUUUCUAGAAAUUUUGGAAGAGUCUCUCACAAGUCAGAUGUUUAUAGCUACGGAAUGAUGGUUUUAGAAAUGGUCGGGGGGAGAAAGAAUAUUGAUAUCGGGGUUGAUCGCACUAGUGAAUUAUUUUUUCCACAUUGGAUUUACAAGCGCCUUGAACAAGAUGAAGAACUAGGAUUGCACGGCCUUAUGAAUGAAGAAGAUAAAGAAAGUGCAAAGAAGAUGAUAAUAGUAAGUUUGUGGUGCAUACAGACGGAUCCCUCAAGCCGACCAUCAAUGAGUAGAGUUGUGGAUCUGUUGAAAGUAAGCCUCGAUCCCUUACAAAUCCCACCCAAGCCUUUCUUGAUUUCUCCACCAAGAUCACCAGCAGAUCAUUCAACUACAAUGGAGUCAUCACAUAUGACUCUUUAAUGUACUAAAAUGUUGGAUAAUAACUAAGAAUCUUCAUGGAUUGUAUCAAUUAUUAGCUUGUCAAUGCCCAUUACUAUUAAACACAACUAUUUUUUUUA